AUGGCCCAGGUGCGGUUGGUGGUGGUUCCCAUCUUCCGGCGUCAUUGGCUGUUCUACGUGUCGGCGACCGGCGGGGAGGGUGGCGCCCGACCGGGGCUGGCGGCCAAGGAGAUACCCAGGGGCUGGGGAGCGGGGUUGUUCCUGGAGGAGAGGAUGCAGCGCAUAGCGGACAGGAUCCACAGCACGCUGAGGCAGCGCGUGGUGAAGAUGUGGUCUGAUCUCGAGAAGGCCCGCGAGGGCACCAUGAUGAACCGCAUGUACAGGCUGGCUCAGUCCGUGCUGUCGCGGGAGGACCCGCAGGAGGGCGCCCUGCGGGCGAUCCCGCCCGUGGUGAAGGACAUGGAAAUAAUGCACCCGGCCAGCGUGCCCGAGGCCCUGGUCAGGAGGCGCCUCAUGUUGAUGGCAAGGGAGAGGCUUUAUGUCCACCAGAGGGGAAUGAUUGGCUGGGGUCUGCUGCUGACACCUCUGCUACCAAUAUUGAUAACACCGGCACCCAAUUUCCCCAUCUACUAUGCAGUCUACAGAUUGUACUCCCAUUACAAAGCACGGGGGGGAUGUAAGGCCAUUUGCUCGGGAUUGGACCACCUCAGGGCGCAACAGAUCGAGGCCAUGAGGUUGAGGCUUCUGGAUAUGGAGAAGACUGGGCAUGUCUUCCCCAACGGCUCAUGGGCAGCAAGAGUGCUCAGAGAUGAUAAAGGGUACUUCGACCUGCUUGAAAGGGCCAACACAUAUCGGCAGGAGAAGCCCCUGGAGUGGGUGCCACGUUUUGUUGCCAGCGCAACACUCGAGGAGAUUGUGCAGCCGGCCAUGAGGAUGCGCAGGCCGCUGCCCGACGAAGCAGCAAUGAAGCUGGGGCAGCAGCUCGAGAUCCCAGGCCUGAUGGAAUAUGUGGCCAGGGCGCGGAGGCGAGCAGUGGGGUCGAUGUUUCCGACGUCGGUGGAGUAA